CUUAUUUUUGACAUUUUAGAUGCUGUAUAAAAUAAAUCACUUCAGUGCCGAUAUAAACAAAUAUUUUCCCUUUGCCCUCGGUCAGCUGCUCAAGUACUUUCCCUUUGCCCUGGGGACUUUCUGCUCAAACUCUUUGUUCUUUUGAAGAGCCACUCCUCUGGAAUUAGGCUCCCUGGUUGGCCACUGUAUGCCAUUCUCCCGAUAGGACAGCAGGUGGAUCUGGGCAGCAGCCAAAGGGGACAACCUGUGACCCAGGGACAGCAGGGUCUGUCACACAGCACUGACACACAAAACUUCAGCACUGGAGGAGAAUUUCACCUCUGGCGCGUCAAAAAUGAAAAUUGACAUUCAUAGCCACAUUCUACCUAAGGAAUGGCCCGACCUGAAAAAGAGAUAUGGAUAUGGUGGAUGGGUACAGCUGGAUCAUCACUGCAAGGGACAGGCAAAGAUGAUGAAGGAUGGAAAGGUUUUUAGAGUUAUCCAAGAGAACUGCUGGGAUCCAGAAGCACGGAUUAAAGAGAUGGACCAGUCAGGAGUCACCGUCCAAGUCCUGUCCACAGUCCCUGUAAUGUUCAGCUACUGGGCCAAACCUCAGGAUGCUUUAGACCUUGCCCAGCUGUUAAACAAUGAUUUAGCUGCCACAGUAAAGAAGCACCCCAAGAGGUUUGUUGGGCUGGGCACGUUACCCCUGCAAGCUCCAGAGCUGGCUGUGAGGGAAAUGCAGCGCUGUGUGAAUGAGCUGGGCUUUCCUGGAGUGCAGAUUGGAUCUCAUGUCAAUGAGUGGGACCUGAAUGCCCCAGAGCUCCACGAUGUUUAUGCUGCUGCUGAGAAAUUAAAUUGCUGCCUCUUUGUGCAUCCCUGGGACAUGCAGAUAGAUGGGAGGAUGUCCAAAUAUUGGUUUCCCUGGCUAAUAGGCAUGCCAACAGAAACAACCAUGGCCAUUUGCUCCAUGAUUAUGGGAGGAAUUUUUGAAAAAUUCCCUAAGCUGAAAGUUUGCUUUGCACACGGAGGUGGAGCUUUUCCAUACACAGUGGGUCGAAUCUCGCAUGGCUUCAACGUGCGCCCCGAUUUGUGUGCCAUGGACAACAAGGUGGAUCCCAGAAAAUACCUCGGCUCAUUUUACACAGACUCUCUUGUCCACGACCGUGGGGCUCUAAGGCUGCUAACAAGUGUAGUAGGAGAGGACAAGGUUAUUUUGGGGACAGAUUACCCUUUUCCACUUGGGGAACUGGAACCUGGAAAAUUGAUUGAUUCAAUGGAUGAUUUUGACUAUAAACUGAAGGAUAAACUCAAGGCUGGAAAUGCUCUGGAAUUUUUGGGUCUUAGCAGAAAACAAUUUGAAUAAUUAUGAAGUACUAAAGCAGCUAAACUUCGGAAAUAAUGUCCUUGUAUUUCUGUUGGCAUGUGCAAUUGUGCAGAUGAAAAAUAAAACUGAUAAUUAUC